GUUCUUUUCGAAAUGAUGGUUUAAAAGCUGCUGAUGUCCUUCCUAUACUGAAGGAGAAAGUGGCCUUUGUAUCAGGUGGCCGUGAUAAACGAGGUGGUCCUGUCUUGACCUUCCCAGCUCGCAGCAAUCAUGACAGAAUAAGACAGGAAGACCUUCGGAAACUUGUGACUUACUUGGCCAGCGUGCCAAGCGAAGAUGUUUGUAAACGAGGAUUCACUGUUAUUAUUGAUAUGCGGGGAUCCAAAUGGGAUUUGAUCAAGCCUCUCCUAAAGACCCUUAGAAGCAUUCAAGAAGCCUUUCCUUCUGAGAUUCAUGUUGCCCUGAUUAUAAAACCUGAUAACUUCUGGCAGAAGCAGAAAACAAACUUUGGCAGUUCCAAGUUCAUCUUUGAGACAAGUAUGGUAUCUGUUGAAGGCCUGGCAAAACUUGUAGACCCUUCUCAACUGACGGAUGAGUUUGAAGGAUCCUUGGAUUACAAUCAUGACGAAUGGAUCGAGCUGCGCGUCUCCUUGGAAGAGUUUUUCAACAGUGCAAUCCAUUUAUUAUCAAGGCUGGAGGAUCUCCAGGAAAUGUUGGCUAGGAAGGAGUUUCCAGUUGAUGUUGAGGGCUCAAGAAGGCUGAUUGAUGAGCACACGCAGCUUAAGAAAAAAGUGAUUAAAGCUCCUGUGGAAGAACUGGAUCGUGAGGGUCAGAGGUUAUUACAAUGCAUAAGAUGCAGCGAUGGUUUUUCUGGUAGGAACUGCAUUCCUGGAAGUGCAGAUUUUCAAAGUCUUGUGCCAAAGAUCACCAGCCUUUUAGACAAGCUGCACUCUACCCGGCAACACCUGCAUCAGAUGUGGCAUGUCCGCAAGUUGAAAUUGGACCAGUGCUUCCAACUCCGGCUUUUUGAGCAAGAUGCUGAGAAGAUGUUCGACUGGAUCAGCCACAACAAGGAAUUGUUCCUGCAGAGUCACACAGAGAUCGGCGUGAGCUACCAACAUGCCCUUGACCUCCAGACGCAGCACAAUCACUUUGCCAUGAAUUCCAUG